AAAAAAAUUAAAAAAAUGUCCACCUCACAACUUUCCGACCUUAUUUUCCGGCCAUCACUUCACCGGCGACCCAUUUCCCGGCAAUGCCACCCUACUUCAGUUUUCCUCACUCCCCCCAAAAAAAACAAAACAAAAACUAUAAAAUCUCAAAAAAAAUUCAAAAUUUAUCAAAGUUUAGUUGAUAAACAGAGUCCAGUAAAAAACCCAACAGUUGAUAUGAAUAAAUUAGUGGAAUUUUUAUAUGAAGAUUGGCCUCAUUUAUUUGAUGAUCAAGGAAUUAAUCGUACGGCUUAUGAUGAUUAUGUGAAAUUUAGAGACCCAAUUACUAAACAUGAUUCAAUUGAUGGCUAUUUGUUUAAUAUUGCCAUGUUGAAACAAUUGUUUAGGCCUAAUUUUCAACUUCAUUGGGCUAAACAGACAGGGCCUUAUGAAAUAACUACAAGAUGGACUAUGGUGAUGAAGUUCGUUCUUCUUCCAUGGAAACCUGAAUUAGUCUUCACGGGGACAUCCAUUAUGGGGGUCAAUCCAAAAACAAACAAGUUUAACAGCCACGUGGACUAUUGGGAUUCGAUUCAGAAUAAUGAUUAUUUUUCUCUAGAAGGUUUGGUCGAAGUCAUAAAACAGUUAAGAAUUUACAAGACCCCCGACUUGGAAACACCCAGCUAUCAGAUACUAAGAAGAACAUCAGCUUAUGAGGUAAGGAAGUAUGAUCCUUUCAUAGUUGUAGAAACAGAAGGCGACAAUCUCGCAGGAAAUAGAGGUUUCAAUGAUGUUGCCGGGUACAUAUUUGGAAAGAAUGCUACAACGGAGAAGAUACCGAUGACUACUCCUGUCUUCACUCAGGCAUUUGAUGCUGAAAACUCUAAAGUGUCGAUCCAAAUAGUCCUUCCAUCGGAUAAAUCUUUGAGCAGCUUACCAGCUCCAAGUAAAGAAGGUAUUAGCUUAAGGAAAACGGAAGGAGGCAUCGCUGCUGCAAUAAAGUUUAGUGGCAAACCAACAGAUGAUGUUGUUCGAGAAAAGGAGAAACAACUCCGAUCUAGUCUUAUAAGAGAUGGUCUCAAGCCUCGAUCUGGUUGUAUGCUUGCUCGCUACAAUGAUCCUGGUCGCACGUGGAAAUUUAUAAUGAGGAAUGAAGUUCUUAUAUGGCUUGAAGACUUCAAGCUGGAUUGAAUCUUGGCUAUUUUUGUGGUGUUCAUAUAUUGGUUCCCAUUCUCAAAAUUGUUGAGAGUUUGAUGAGUGAAAGACAGGACAUUCACAAGUUUGGUAAUGUGUCGUUGUACCGAGAGUCUAUUGGAAACAACAUCUCUACCCCACAAUGGUAGAUGUAUGGUCUAUGUAUGUCUUAUCCUCCCCAGACUGCAGUUGUGAGAUUAUACGGGGUAUGUUGUUGAAAAUGUGGUUUGUACAUAGCAAUGAUAAUGCUUGUGUUGAACUCAAUUAACACUAAA